CUUUGUGGACACUGUCUCCAAUCCCUCCUGGAGGAGUGGCUCCUGAAGAGAUCUUGGUGGUGGAAGACCACAAUGCCAGGUGACAGCGAUCAAGAACAAAGAUGCUACUAUGUGGGUGUUGAUGUUGGCACAGGCAGUGUUCGCGCGGCCCUGGUGGACCAGAGUGGCAUCCUUUUGGCUUUUGCUGAGCAGCCCAUCCAGCAAUGGGAGCCUCAGUUCAACCACCACGAACAAUCCUCCGAGGACAUCUGGGCUGCUUGCUGUGUGGUCACCAAGAAAAUUGUACAAGGGAUUGAUUUAUCCCAGAUCCGAGGACUUGGGUUUGAUGCCACGUGUUCUCUGGUUGUCUUGGACAAGCAGUUUCAUCCAUUACCAGUAAACCAGGAAGGGGAGUCCCAGCGGAACAUCAUAAUGUGGCUGGACCAUCGAGCAGUCAGUCAAGUGAACAGGAUCAACAAAACCAAGCACAGAGUCCUACAGUAUGUGGGUGGCGUGAUGUCAGUGGAGAUGCAGGCCCCCAAGCUGUUGUGGCUGAAAGAGAACUUGAGAGAGAGUUGCUGGGAUAAGGCGGGACAUUUCUUUGAUCUCCCAGACUUCUUAACGUGGAAGGCAACAGGUGUCACAGCACGGUCUCUCUGUUCCCUGGUGUGCAAAUGGACAUACUCAGCAGAGAAAGGCUGGGAUGACAGCUUCUGGAAGAUGAUUGGUCUGGAAGACUUACUUGCAGAUAAUUACAGCAAAAUAGGAAACCAAGUGCUUACUCCAGGAACUUCUCUUGGAAAUGGGCUCACAGCAGAAGCCGCAAAAGACCUUGGCCUUCCUGCUGGCCUUGCUGUGGGAACGUCGCUGAUAGAUGCACACGCCGGAGGACUAGGAGUGAUUGGAGCAGAUGUGAGAGGGCAUGGCCUUGCUGAUGAGGGACAGCCAGUGACGUCACGGCUGGCAGUCAUCUGUGGAACAUCUUCUUGUCACAUGGGGAUUAGCACUGACCCGAUUUUUGUGCCAGGGGUCUGGGGCCCUUAUUUCUCAGCCAUGGUUCCUGGCUACUGGCUGAGUGAAGGAGGUCAGAGUGUUACUGGAAAAUUGAUAGACCACAUAGUGCAGGGCCACGCAGCCUUCCCUGAAUUGCAAGCCAAGGCCGCUGCCAGAUGCCAAAGUGUGUAUGCAUAUUUGAACCGUCACCUGGAUCUGAUUGAGAAGGUUCAGCCCGUGGGUUUCCUCACUGUUGACUUACAUGUUUGGCCAGAUUUCCAUGGCAACCGGUCUCCACUAGCAGAUGUGACACUAAAGGGCAUGGUCUCUGGAUUGCAACUCUCUCAGGACCUGGAUGAUCUUGCUAUCCUCUACCUGGCCACAGUUCAAGCCAUUGCUUUGGGGACUCGUCUCAUCGUGGAAACCAUGGAGACUGCAGGGCAUUCGAUCCACACUCUCUUCCUGUGUGGAGGCCUCAGCAAGAAUCCCCUCUUCGUCCAAAUGCAUGCUGACAUUACUGGCAUGCCCGUGGUCCUGUCUCAGGAGGUGGAGUCUGUCCUUGUGGGCGCUGCUAUUCUGGGUGCCUGUGCCUCGGGGGAUUUCGCUUCAGUACAGGAGGCAAUGGCCAAAAUGAGCAAAGUUGGGAAAAUUGUGUUCCCCAGACUUGAAGACAAAAGGUAUUAUGACAAGAAAUAUCAAGUGUUCCUGAAGCUGGUGGAGCAUCAAAAGGAAUAUGCAGCCAUUAUGAAAGGAGACUGAGCAAGUCAAUAGUGCCAUGCUACCUUCUGGGGAAGGUUCUGUGUCAUUGCUUUGGCAGCCUCCAUCAGUUCAUCUUAAUUUCAACUCCCUGUAGGUUUCAUUUAACCAUGUAGCUAUCAUUGAUCAAAAUUCUAUAUGAUCUUUUAAUAAAGCUUUGUCAUAUGAAAAUAGAA